AUGAAGACUGUUAUCCUCGAGAGCGCCCUGAAGGAGCUUACCCUCAAGGACAUGAACAACUACCUCCACCCAAAGACCCCGGGAUGGUACGCAGAGCGCGGCAUUCCUCUGCGGAGAGGCUAUCUAUUCUCUGGGCCCCCCGGAACGGGAAAGACUUCGUUUUGCCUUGCCCUAGCUGGGGUUUUCGGCUUGACAAUCCACAUUCUUUCGCUGAAUGACGCUUCCUUGACUGAAGAAGACUUGAAUAUGCUAUUCUCGAAGCUGCCGCCGCGCUGUAUAGUGUUACUUGAGGACAUUGAUACGGCUGGACUCAGUCGAUCUGGCGACAAAUCGGAUUCCCCGAGUGUUGAAGGCGGGCUGUAUAAGUCAAGAAAGCAAGGCAUAUCACUGUCUGGCCUGCUCAAUGCCAUCGACGGCGUGGCCUCGCAGGAAGGCCGCGUGCUCAUCAUGACGACGAACGCUCCUGAGAAGCUGGACCAAGCACUAGUUCGGCCAGGAAGGGUGGACCUUCACAUCAAGUUCGACAAAGCCACAGGCGCACAAGCUCAAGAGCAGUUCGUAAUCAUGUUUCAGAGAGACGAGAAAGGGCCCAUGUCUCUUGCACCGCCCGGGGCGCAAGGAAACAAGCACCGCCAUGAUUUCCCUGACAACACGCUUAAUGAAGACCAGCUUCGCAUUGCGGCGAAGGAGUUUGGCUCCAAGAUCCCUGAGAGGCAGCUCAGUCCCGCCCAGAUUCAGGGAUUUUUGAUUCAGCACAGAGAUGACCCGAUGUGUGCUGUGCGGGAGGUUGCUGAUUGGGUGGAAGAGACACGGAAUGGCUCACUUCAACUCCUUUGA